AUGUCCGAAGUGAUGGCAUCGGAGGUUACAGUUAAUUCAGUAGGUGGUGUGAACUCUGCUCCGAAUCCUACAAAAGGCUCCUCUACUCCGUCUCCCACCUUUUGCCUUCUUCUCUCCGCCUGCAACUCUGCUUGUAGUGCCUUCGCUGGCUCCCUUUUUGGCUACGGUCCUCUCUCUAAUUUGGACCUGCAUGUCCUUUCUUAUAUUUACAACAUUAUUCCUUUUUGA